CACACAGCAAAGAGUAAACAAGACUUGAGAAAAACUUCACGCUAGGUCCGUCUUACAUGUCCUUGUCGUAACUUUGUCUCCCACUAGAGUUAUAACUUGCGCUCGUAACGGUAGAGUUAUUACGUGCGCUGUCUCAUAAAGAAAGGUCGACUUGAGGCACGUAAGUCAAAUUUUGGCGGGUGGCUGUGAGUCAUAUAAAAAUUGGUUAGAAUGCAUGAUGCAAAAGCGAAACGAAACGUCUGAAGAUGCAUGAAUAGCUUCGUCUUGUGAUUUCUAUUUAGUCAGAAGUUUGCAAUUAAUAACUUUAUACUGAUCUCUCUCCUCGAGAUAGUAUAUAAAAAAACACGAUACAGCCCAAAACUUUUGUUGACGAGCCUCAGGGCAAAUAACAAAAACAUAACAAAAAGUGCGAGUCUAAAUGGCAAAGUUUUUCUCAGUAUUUUGGGUGUGCUUGUCAAAAUAUUGCACACCUGAAAAAAAUGGACCACGGACCUCCUCACGCCAGUUGGGCCGUAUUCAUGGCAACCGUGAAUUUAACAAGCAGGGACAGAACCUGGUAUUUUUACUACUAUCAAUCACUUUCGAGGCAAAUGCGCCUUUUUUUCGAGAAAAAUCAGUCGCCAUAGGUGGGUAAUUCAAAAUUUCUGGCAUCUUGACAAAGCGCUGACGUUGUGUCAUUGGUUAUUUGUUCCUCAAAACGAAAACUCACAGUUGCUUAUAAUUUCUAAUCCUGGUUACCUUGGCUAUAACCACAACUCGGGUAAAUAAACGCGCCAAGUGGCCUGAGACGACUCUCUGCGUCAUUAACUUUGCUCGAUGUGAGACAGAGAUUGUAAUUAUUCUGAGAAGAUUUGUUCUUUAGCCAACGAAGCGUACAGUUCAUGUCUAGAAAGUCGAAAUUAUCAUAUAAAUUCUUUGGCCACGCUACUUUGUUGGAACAGUCCAGUACCAGAGUCAAUUCGUAGUUUUCACUGAAUAGGUGAAAAACCCGGAUUUUUUCGCAUUGUGGCAACAGAUCUGGAGAAGAUGGAGAUGGCAAAAUAUUCAAAAGGUCCACAUGUAUCAAGAACCACGCAGAUAUGGAUUUUUAUCUCCUUCAUGUCGUUUUCAUACGGCAACGUUGUCGAUAGUUCCGAGACAGUGACUAUCACCCCGUCGUACUCGGUCAAUGUUACACAAUACAUGAUGAAUUACACACAGUACACUGUCAAUGUUACAAUGACAUCAACAACAAUGUCACCAUCUAUGACGAGUUACUCUGUCCCAGUCUCAGCCACACCGCCGCUGCCAUCAUAUUGCCACCAAGUUUGCAGAUGCAACAGCUCUGUCGCAUAUGCCACCACCAUGGCCUACAACAUGACGUCAAAUGCGACCCUUGGAAUGGAUAUGACGACAAUGUCAGCAGACAUGACGUCAUCACCUGUCAACAUGUCAUCUUACAGCAUGAAUCCAACUCCAUCCAGUGUGAUGAGCAUGACGUAUUCAGCGAGUGCAAAUGUCACAGUUAUGAGCUACAACUCCUCGGUUUUACUGGCACCAAGUUCCUCAGUUUCUAUGCCUUUCGUUUGUCCCAACGAAUCCUGUUGGGUGGAGAUCGAGUGCAUGUCACAUUCCCCCCGACAUUCCGUGACUAUUUCACCAACUUUGUCAACGAGUGCAUGGAUGUCCUCCUCAGUGGCUCCAGCAGGGUGCUCUGAAGUAGUUGACUGCAAUGGUGAUUGUGGCGGUAGCGCAUAUAUGGACUGUGAAAAAUGCAUCGAGGGUAACACAGGUGCCACUUCACUGAGAGACUGUGGUAACAUAUGCGAUGGCACUGCUGUCAACUCGAGCUGUGGAACCUGCUUACAACAAGGACAAUCAGAUCCAUACUUGGACUGCAACAACGAGUGUUUCGGCGAAGCAACCAUUGAUAGUUGCAAUGUUUGCACAGGUGGCAAUACUGGAAAGGUGGCCAAUUACUUGAUGGAUGAAUGCGGUGUCUGUAAUGGAACCAACACUACUUGCGCCGGAUGCGACGGUAUUCCAAACAGCGGAUUAAUUAAUGACGCAUGCGAAGUGUGUGGCGGAAACGGGUCAACAUGCACCGAAAUCAUGGCAACUAUACCACAAACCAUUGCCAACAGUCAGCCAACUGUGUGGGUGAAUGGAGCUGGACUGAACGAUGGAAGCAAGACCGUGUGUGGGUUAUAUGACCCAGAGAGUGGAGACCUAGUGGUCAAUACAACAGCCUCUGAAAGGAAUCUCACGCACGCUCGUUGUGAAUUCCAACCGUGGGACAACUAUACCGCGGGCGUGUACAACUUAUCAGUGACGAUUGUCCACGACGACAAGGCGGAUGUGAGAACCAACAAUUCACUUCCGGUUUAUUAUUAUUCAAGUCAGGACCUCUCUCUGACAAGUGUUAUACCUGACGAAGUUCUUAAGGGAGACCUUCCACAAUACGUGACUUUAAAUGGCAGCGGCUUCUUUGACUGGGAAGAAACAGUGUGUUAUUUUGGUUCCCAAAAAACCAGGGAUGUAAUUUAUAUCAAUGAAACUCAUCUUCAAUGCAAAGUAGCCGCAGUUAGCUCCUCUACCCGUUUUUCUGUGUCCUUCUCGAUGGACGGAGGUCUGGUACAAGUUGGCGACACCAACCUGACGGUGUUUGCGAGUGCACCUAAUGUUGACGGGGUGAAGUUCAGUGACACAGCCGGGGAACUUCUGGUUGACUUUGAUACAGAUGUUGAACUGGUUACCAAUGCGGAUGAAUCGUGCCAACUUUUCUUCACCAGUGCGACCGUUGUCAUGUUGGGGGUUGAACCGCACUGCCUCCUCGUAGGCACUCGAGAAUUAGUGAUAGAGCUAGGAUUUGGUGCUAACAUUACAACCGGUGACUAUUUGGUGUUCAAUGAUAACGUUUUGAAGGCCCACAGUGAACAGCACAGCAGGUACCUCAAUGGUUCAUUCCCAGUCAAUGCGCCAGAUACUCCCUUGAAACCCACGCCGGUAAUCACAGGUCCUGACACGCUCUCCAGUUGUGGAAAUCUCACCUUAUCUGGUGUCCAGUCCUUUGGAGGUGGCGGCCGUCCACUCAUCUUUGAAUGGAAAUUGAUAUCACCUGACAGUGGACAAGACUUCACAGAAAUAACAGGCGUCCUCAACGGGCUUGCUUCAAAUGCUGAUCGUGUUGACCUGCCUGGCACUCUUUUUCAAUCUGACAAAGUCUACGUGUUUAAGCUUAAAGUGGUCAACUUUCUGAAUCAAUCAAGCUUUGAAGAAAUUACCCAUUCGAUCAUAAAAUCUACCGAUCCAGUCCCGGCGUUAACGCUGAGCUCAAGCAUCGAUCUGAAUGAAGGAGAAGUUUUUGUCUCAGAGGGCCUGUCAAUCAAAGCAAGUGCAAUUGUCGCUCCUUGUGUGAACAAUACUAGGGUUGACUUUUCAUGGACUGUUACAUGCACUGUUUCAAGCGCUCAACAGAAAGUGCAAUCCAGUGCUUUAUUCCAGGCCACCAGAUACCAGGCCACCGUCAGAAUAGCCCAAGGUGUGCUGACUGGUGAUGUCACCUGCACAUUUAACGCGACAGGAAGUAUGAACUUCAAUCCUAAUGUCAAGAGCACGGUCAGCCAAGACAUCAAAGCUCUGCCUAGUCCUCUUGAGCCUGCCAUAUUUGGAGGUGAUCGACAGAUAGGCCGCGGUAGUGGUGCUAUCACAUUGGACGCCGUGAGUCUUACAAGGGAUCCCGACCAAACCACUGAUCCUUAUGUAUGCCAGUGGCGCUGUGAAGUCGAGAGCGGUGGUACUGGAUUCUGUUAUUCUGUUGAGGAAAAAGGGAAGUUGAUAUUUGACUCGAUCUCUGGGUGUGAUACGACAGUACAGAGUAGUCAGUUCGAAGCCGGGAAAUCCUACAAAAUCAUUGUGGAUGUAAGUAAGGGUUCCAGAUCUGCCUCGGCGUCUAUAAUCUUCACUGUAGUCGAGGGUGCCCCACCUGAAGUAUGGGUAGAUCGAGCAUUCUUGAAGGUCAAGGCAAGUGACAGAGUUCAACUGGUUGGAUUUUACAAAACCAGCAAUCAGCCUAACAAGGUGGAGUGGGCCUCCUCACAAGAACAAGGUUUCUCCUUUGUGGACUUAACGAGCUUUAACAUACUCACAGAGUAUCAUGCCAACGAGGAGUCAUUUGUUCAAAUGAUUCUUCCCGCGAAGCUUUUGAGGGCUGGGUCCAAGUAUCGAUUCACGUUAACAGUUGAUGACGGAAGUAAGGAGGGUGUGGCAUCUAUUGUGGUUGAAGUAAGAACUGGGCCUACUUCCGGCUCGUUCUCUGUUGAACCGACUUCCGUGAAAGCGCUGGAUACCGUCACUAUGACAGCAAAGCAGUGGAUUACCGACUCAGACGCCGGUCCUCUUCGAUAUGCCUUCGGUGAACUCGUCGGCAAACAUGUCUGCGAGACGUAUCGAGCUCCGUCAUCAGACCCAGAGACGCAAGAGAUAGUGAGCCAAGGAUCUGGUCCAAACAACAUCCUACAACUGUGCGUCGUUGUCAUCGACAAAUUUGAUUCGUUUGCCAUAGCGACCGUCAAUAUCACCUCCAGCCCACCGGAUGCCGCUGACCUGACGCCAGAUGCACUAGACAACCUGUUCGACAGUGCCAUUGGAGAUAAGUUGCAGAGCGGAGACGCGGACGCGGCCACAAGCGCGUUGAUCGCCAUUACAGACACUGUUCUUGGAUCUAAUGACACCUCGGCUGAGUUGAAGGCUAACAUCUCGCAAAAAGCGCAAGAAACUAUUCUCAAUAUCCUGGGCUCGACAACGAUCGAUGGAGGUAGCGCUGCCCCGCUGUUAACGGCUAUAGUUAAGACUGAUGCGACAGCUGCGGAAAACAGUUCUGGCAUGGCGCAAGCGGCUGUAACGAUUCUCAAGGGAUUCGAGGACACACCGCUGACCAAUGACAAGGCAGAGGACUUGAUGGAAUGGAUGGGCGACCUUGCUGGCGAGUCUCUGCAAAACGAUACCAGUUUGAAAGAGACCGUGAAGGAAUUCUUUGACGCAAUGGCGGAUAACUUGGACGAAGGGCUUUACCUUGGGGAUCCCCCUCGGGAAGUGUCCAGUGACGGUUUGGGUUCGAUAAAGGUGCAGUACACCACCUUGGAAAGUACACUAGCCACCAGUAGCAAGGAAGGUGCAUCAACACUUGACCCCGGCUCGUCGCUAACGGACCAGUUUAAGGGACCCAGAAAAUGCGGACAAGGAAGAACUUGCAGUGGAGUGAUUCUAGAGCUCAUUCAAUACGAUAACAAUUUGAUUACAGAGAACGAAAACCAAAGGAAUCAUGACGUGGAAGUGGAUGACUCGCAGGUCAUAGGAAUUGAGCUCAAAGAUCCAGUUACGAAGGAGCCGCUUGAAGUUACAGGCCUGUCAAAUCCACUAAAAAUCACGUUCAACAAUGUUCCUCCUCCGCCGGACGGUAAGGAACUUGGCUGCAACUUCUUUGACACCCAAAUAAAAGUUUGGGUAAAAACUGGUCUGACGGCGGUAGACAACGGAGACAACACGUUGGUUUGUGAAUCAUCACAUGCAACAUUCUUCGCUCCGUCGCAUGAUGUGGUGAACAACGCCAGUACCGCUGCCCCGACAACCCCUGCUGUGGAAGCAACGCCAACAGAAAAGGACGAAAAGGACAUGACAGGAGCCAUCGUAGGAGGUGUUAUAGGCGGCCUUGUUUUGAUCCUCGUUGUCGUUCUUGGUGUCUGGUACUGCACUACACAGAAGAAGAAGAAGUCAGGCAGGAUCUCUCCAGAGGACCCUCUGGAGCCUGCACCAGUGGAUUAAAGGAGUACAUCACGGUUUUCGCAUCUUGAAGAGUUUAGCCUAAAUUUUUCAAGUUCGUCAUUUGCAAUCCGUGUCAAUCUUCUCCAUCCUUA